AUGUCGAUAGAGAAAAAGGUGAUGCAAAGGAUAGAGAAGGAGUUCAAGGAUAUGACUUCGAAAGAUUCCUUGUACAUCAUCAGUAGAGACUGGAACGAAUUGUUCAAAUGGAAUGCGAUGAUUAAAGGUCCAGAUGGUACUCCAUACGCGGAUGGCAUAUUUAGCAUCAACAUUAAAUUUCCUAUAAAUUAUACUUUUUCAGCACCCAAGUUUACGUUCAAAACUCUGAUUUAUCAUCCAAAUAUCAAUUUUGAAGGAUCAAUAUGCCUUGACAUUCUUAAAGACAAGUGGACUCCCCCUCUCAUGGUUGAAAAGGUUUAAAAUUUGAUUUAUAAAUUAAAAAAAAAUAUUGUGUAUUUAAAUACUACCUUUGUUAUUUAGAGUUUUUUUUUAUCAUAAAGUUAUACAGACUCAUACUGACCAUGUCAACCACAUCGGGAGAUCUGCAUCCAUGUGAACGAUGAAAGACAGUUGCUUCCUUACACUGCAUGCUAGGCUAUCCGCCUUUGUAUUUUGCGUUCUUGGUACAUAGAUGAUCUCUGAUCGGAGGAAACUUUCUUUCAGGAUUUUUAAAUCUUCCAAAUAACUUGAAAAAGCUAGCCAUUCUUCUAGUUCCGAAACCAUCUUCACCAAUUGAGAACUAUCCGUUGAAAACGUGACCUGAAACUGCCGUAAGUUUCUCAUACAUUCCAUUGCCGAGAGUAGCGCUUCCAUCUCUGCAUGGAGAGGAGAGUGAGUAG